AUGGUGUUGACCGCAUAUGUGGGCGGUGUGAACUACUGCCAGCAGAAACACGAUAAGCUUAUCAGCCCAUUUGGUGACAGAUUGCGCGUCGAGGCCACUUUGCUGGAGUGUCAAUUUGUGCGUGGGUUUUAUCGGGGAAUUCUUUCCUGCAACCUUGAUCGUUUAGCCAUGCAUCAUCCGAGUACCCUUUCGCGCUCGGAAACCUGGCGUCUCUUGGCGCUGGUAGGUGCCGGGUUAGCGAUCCUCAAUACUACAUUUCAAGGCGAUGGAGCGCCUCUUGUUGCCUCCAUUGCGAUAUGUGCCAUUGUGUUUGCGGUGGCUUUCAGUCUGAUACGAUGGCUCGGACCUGUAUUUUUAAAGGCGGGACUCAAAGGCAAAGAUAUGGCCAAGCCAAGUCGGCCCGAGAUUCCUGAAACCAUGGGUGCAGUGUGCGCCGUGGUCUACUUGAUGGCGCUCAUCGUGUUCAUCCCAUUUGCAUUCUACAAAGAUAUCGUGGCCGCCACCUCCGGCGGCGGAAACCGCGAUGUGGUCAUUGAAUCGCAGCACAUCGAGAACGGGCGAUUCUUGCACCGAUUCCCGCAUAGCAAGCUUGCCUCCUACCUUUCCGGUCUUUUGUCACUGCAAUCAGUUGUCAUACUGGGAAUCGGAGAUGAUCUAUUCGAUAUCCGCUGGAGACACAAAGUCCUGAUCCCUGCCUUCUCGGCAAUUCCCAUGCUGAUUGUGUACUUUGUCGACUUUGGUGUCACCCAAGUCGUCGUCCCCGUGCCGCUGCAACCCUACCUGGGUGACGCCGUGGACCUUGGAUGGUUGUACUAUUUGUACAUGGCAGCAGUCGCCAUCUUCUGUCCCAACGCCAUCAACAUGCUGGCAGGGAUUAACGGAAUCGAAGUUGCCCAAUCACUGGUGAUCGCCACUCAAUUGCUGUUCAAUGAUGCGAUGUAUCUUGCGCCGAUUACGCCAUAUCCGCACCCUGCUACCGACUCCCACCUGUUGUCGAUCUACUUCUUGCUGCCUUUCAUUGGAGUUUCAGCAGCUCUGAUGUACCACAACUGGUACCCCUCCAGAGUGUUUGUCGGAGAUACCUACUGCUAUUUCGCAGGGAUGGUCUUUGCCGUGGUUGGCAUCCUGGGUCAUUUCAGCAAAACCCUGCUGUUGCUGUUCAUUCCGCAGAUUUUCAACUUUGUCUACUCGCUUCCCCAACUGUUCAAGGUCAUUCCUUGUCCGCGGCAUCGAUUGCCAAAGUUCAGCGCCUCUACUGGACUUCUGGAUGCUUCAGUCACAGAAUGGACAAAUGCUCCAUCACCGAUGAUCGAUGCUGCAUUGCGUAUAUUACAUGCAUUGCGGCUAGUGCAUAUCAAGAAGGACGAGCAAGGCAGGAUCACUGAAUCCACGAAUCUAACUAUUUUGAACCUCUGGCUAGUAUGGAUGGGUCCCAUGCGCGAAGACCAUCUGGCGUGGCACAUGGUCGCAGUGCAAACUGUGUGUGGACUCAUGGGUCUCUUUGUGCGACAUCGCCUCGCGCUACUCGUCUUUGAUCAUGACAACAGGGAGUUCGGGUUCAUCGCAUAG